CCGCCGCGCCGGCUGGCGGGAGCGGACGGAGGCCGGCGCUGCCCGUUAGCAGCCGCGGCAGCGGGAGCCUCCUAAUUACUCAGCACGCUAAUUGCCCGGCACUGAACUUCAGGAGCCGGUCCGAAGAGGAGCUCCGGGCGCAGGGGAGGCAGGAGGUGUCUAGGGCCGGGCCCCGCCAGGGUUAAGCGCCCGCCCGUCCCCGGCUAGCGGCCAGCUCGCCUUCCGCGGGAGGCCAGAGUCACCGCCGGGGGACCGGGAGGUGCGCCCGGACCACACCGGACCCCCUUCUCCACCGCCGCCUCUAGGAGGCGCCGAAAGUGGGGGCGCCAGCCUGGCGCAGGGGGCGGGCGCGGAGAGCUAGAGGGGCUGCGGGGACACAGAGAUGGCCGAUGAGAUCGACUGGCUGGACCUGCCAGGCCGAUGGACCUACGGAGUGGACCGCGGCGGUAGAAUCUUCUUUAUCAAUGAUGAGGAGAAGUCAACCAGCUGGGUGCACCCUGGUACGGACUCACCCAUCCAGAGUGGACAUUCCUCCGGCCCAGGUUUGCCCAAGGGUUGGGAGAUGGAUUCCACCCCGGAAGGAGCUGUAUACUUCAUCAACCACAAUGAAAGACGCAACACAUUUCGACACCCAGUGACUGGCCAGAUCCCAGAGGAAAACAAAAAGUUUGACUUGAAAACAUCGGCCUUGGACAUGUCCAACAAAACAGGUGGGAAACGUUCUGCUACCAUCAACAGCGACAUAUCCAACCACAACAUGGUGUCAGAAGUCCCUCCAGAGCGGCCCAACAUCCGGGCAACCCGAACUUCCCGAAAAGCCAUUGCCUUUGGCAAACGCUCACACUCCAUGAAGCGGAACCCCAAUGCACCCGUCACCAAGGCCGGCUGGCUCUUCAAACAGGCCAGCUCCGGGGUAAAGCAGUGGAACAAGCGGUGGUUUGUCCUGGUGGAUCGCUGCCUCUUUUACUACAAAGAUGACAAGGAGGAGAGCAUCCUGGGCAGCGUCCCCCUGCUGAGCUUCCGGGUGGCGGCUGUGCAGCCCUCAGACAACAUCAGCCGGAAGCACACAUUUAAGGUGACUGUUUACUGGGUAGAUGAGGCCGGGGCCAGUUCCACGCACUGCCUCUCCCCACAGGCCGAGCACGCUGGAGUCCGCACCUACUUCUUCAGUGCCGAAAGCCCGGAGGAGCAGGAGGCCUGGAUCCAGGCCAUGGGUGAGGCUGCACGGGUCCAGAUCCCUCCAGCCCAGAAGUCAGUACCUCAGCCUGUUCGGCACGGCCUCGAGAAGCCAGACUCAGAGAAUAUCCCACCCAGCAAACAUCAUCAGCAGCCACCUCACAACAGUCUCACCAAGCCAGAGCCGGAGGCCAAGACUCGAGGGGAGGGGGAUGGCAGAGGCUGUGAGAAGGCGGAGCGAAGGCCUGAAAGGUCUGAAGUCAAGAAGGAGCCUUUAGUGAAAGCCAAUGGCCUCACAUCUGGACCUGAAACAGCCUCAGAGCCUGGAAGCCCUUACCCUGAUGGACCGAGGGUCCCAGGAGGUGGGGAGCAGCCCACGCAACCCAAUGGCUGGCAGUAUAGCUCUCCAAGCCGACCAGGGAGCACAGCUUUCCCACCUCAUGAUGGGGACACCGGAGGACACCGGCGGAGCUUUCCACCACGUACUGACCCUGACAAAAUUGCCCAGCGCAAAAGCUCUAUGAACCAGCUUCAGCAGUGGGUGAACCUGCGCCGAGGAGCACCCCCACCUGAGGACCUUCGGAGUCCUUCAAGGUUCUACCCUGUGUCCCGCCGGGUCCCUGAGUAUUACAGCCCUUACUCCUCCCAGUACCCUGAUGAUUACCAGUACUACCCUCCAGGGGUACGGCCAGACAGCAUCUGCUCCAUGCCAGCCUACGACAGGAUUAGUCCGCCCUGGGCCCUGGAGGACAAACGGCACUCCUUCCGUAAUGGGGGUGGACCCACUUACCAGCUUCGUGAAUGGAAGGAGGCCACCAGCUACGGGCGGCAGGAUGGCACUGUUUGGAUCCCUAGCCCCUCCCGACAGCCAGUCUAUUAUGAUGAGCUGGACGCUGCCUCUGGCUCCCUGCGCCGCCUGUCCUUGCAGCCCCGUUCCCACUCUGUGCCCCGCUCACCCAGCCAGGGCUCCUACAGUCGUGCCCGCAUCUACUCCCCCGUGCGCUCGCCUAGUGCCCGUUUUGACCGGCUGCCACCUCGCAGCGAGGACAUCUAUGCAGACCCUGCUGCCUAUGUGAUGAGGCGAUCCAUCAGUUCCCCAAAGUAUGAUUACCUGGGAGACAGGCGGCCAGUCCCUGCAGGACUGUUCCCCUACAACUACCCACCAUCCCCCACGGUCCACGAUAAGAUGGAUGAACUUUUAGACCUUCAGUUGCAAAGAAACCUAGAGUAUUUGGACCAGCAGAUGAGUGAGAGCGAGACUCUCAUCAGUAUGGUGAACCGCAUGGUGGAGAACUCCUCCCCCAGGGCCCAGCUCUUCAUGCAAGUCCCUGCAUACCCAGAGGUGUUCCGGGAUGGCCUCCACACCUUCAAGCUAAAUGAGCAAGACACGGAUAAGCUGCUGGGCAAGCUGUGUGAGCAGAACAAGGUGGUGAGGGAGCAAGACCGGCUGGUGCAGCAGUUACGAGCAGAGAAGGAGAGCCUGGAAAGUGCCUUGAUGGGGACCCACCAGGAGCUGGAGAUGUUUGGGAGCCAGCCUGCCUAUCCGGAGAAGCUUCUCCACAAAAAGGAGUCCCUGCAGAACCAACUCAUCAACAUCCGCGUGGAGCUGUCCCAGGCGACCACGGCACUGACCGACAGCACAGCAGUAUAUGAGAACCUUGAGUCCGAGGUCUCUGCCCUGCAUGAUGACCUCUGGGAACAGCUGAACUUGGAUAUCCAGAAUGAGGUGCUCAAUCGGCAAAUUCAGAAGGAGAUCUGGAGGAUCCAGGAUGUGAUGGAGGGGCUGAGGAAGAACAAUCCUUCUCGGGGCACUGACACAGCCAAACAUAGAGGAGGACUCAGCACCUCGGCCACCUACAGCUCCAACAGCCCUGCCAGCCCUCUCAGCUCUGCCAGCCUUACCAGUCCCCUGAGCCCCUUUUCAAUGGUGUCUGGCUCUCAGGGCUCUCCAACCAAGCCAGGGUCUAGUGAGGAACCUGGCCCACCUCGGCCGCCCCUCCCCAAAGCCUACGUACCCCUGGAAUCUCCUCCCACCGUCCCUCCACUCCCCAAUGAGAGCCGCUUCUGGCCAUACCCCAACUCCCCUUCCUGGCAUCGCAGUGGCGAGACCGCCAGGGGUCAGUCCAAAACAGGCUUUGAGCCAAGCAAGAAAGACUUUGACCAGACAUCACCCCUGGAUACCCCCAGAGACAUCAGCCUUGUGCCCACCAGACAAGAGGUGGAAGCAGAGAAGCAGGCAGCUCUCAACAAAGUUGGCAUUGUGCCCCCCCGGACAAAAUCUCCUGCUGAGGAAGAGAUGACCCCAUCAUCUGUGGUGAGGAGGACUACCAAUGGGCUCACCAAUGGCCUCUCCUCAAGGCAAGAGCGCCCCAAGAGCGCUGUGUUCUCUGGAGAGGGCAAGGUGAAGAUGAGCGUGGAGGAGCAGAUCGACAGGAUGAGGCGGCAUCAGAGCGGCUCCAUGAAGGAAAAGCGGAGGAGCCUGCAGCUUCCAGCCAGCCCAGCCCCUGAGCCUAGCACCCGGCCUACCUACAAAGUGGUGCGCCGUCACCGCAGCAUCCAUGAAGUGGACAUCUCCAACCUGGAGGCAGCCCUCCGGGCCGAGGAGUCUGGCGGCCAGGUGUAUGAGACUCCGAGGGAGGAAAUCGCCCGGCUUCGGAAAAUGGAGCUGGAGCCCCAGCACUACGAUGUGGACAUCAGUAAGGAGCUCUCCACUCCAGACAAAGUCCUCAUUCCUGAACGGUACAUUGACCUGGAACCUGAUGCGCCCUUGAGCCCCGAGGAGUUGAAGGAGAAGCAGAAGAAGGUGGAAAGGAUCAAGACGCUCAUUGCCAAAUCCAGUAUGCAGAACGUGGUGCCCGUCGGCGAGGGGGACUCUGUGGACGUGCCCCAGGACUCAGAGAGCCAGCUGCAGGAGCAGGAGAAGCGGAUUGAAAUCUCCUGUGCCCUGGCGACCGAGGCCUCCCGCAGGGGCCGCAUGCUGUCUGUGCAAGCCCUGGCUGAGGCCAAUGCUGUGAAGCUCCACAGAGCCACCUUCUGAUAACAUCCACUGCACAGCCAAGGCUCUGGCUCCUCAUCCUGGCCUCCUGCUCUUGCACCCACCGUGGGAGUGCCACGGAGAGCCAGGCUGGGGGCCAGGGCUGCUUCAGAACGGAGCAUGGGUGCCUUCAAAUUCACAUCUGCUGCCCUUGCCCGGAAGCCUGCACUGUCAUGCCAUGGUUCUAAGGCAAAGCCUGGAAUGGCAAGGCCAGGAUGUCAUUCUCUCUGAGGCUCCAAUCACAGGGAGCUCAAGGGCAGUUUUGGAUGGCAUUAUGUGUUCCUCCUGCCACCAUCCCCUGAUGGAAACCGCCUCCUGGUGGUGGGGAGCAUACCCUCAACAAUGAGUGAGGACUAGAAGUGAGGACAAGACAGACUCUCCAUCCCUUGGAACCCAUACAACACACUGAGAGGCCAAACUCUUGCCAUCAUCUUCUUCCCCUUCAGUCCCAGCUGCCUCGGUGACACCCAAGGCUUUGGCAUGGCUCUGCUGAUGGGUUUCCCAGAGUUUCCUGGAGAUCAGCCACCCUGCUUGAGCCAAAGAAGACAAUGAGUGAUAGGGAGAGGCUCCUGGGCUCCUGGAGGGGUCAGGUGUGUUAUAGAGAGAAGACAGCAGGUCUGUGCAGUGUCUGAGGGCAAGUGGGAAGCAGGAGCAGAUGGAAGAGGAGAGAGACUUAGAGAGUGAAGGAAGGGAAAGCCAGAUGCUUUUCUCAAGUAGCAGGAAGGCAAGGAAGGGGGGAAAGGGGAAGAGAGAAUAAGAAUGGCUUCUUGUGUGAAGCCUUAGGUUAGUGCCAAGCAGAGAGCCUGACUGUGACCUAUGUACCUUCACAUCUUUCUCAGGAGCAGGUGGCACCAAGAGGACUCACCAGGCACACAUCAGCCCCAGCUGAGGUGCUUGGUAGCAAGGUAUGGAGUAAAGGAAUGUUAGUGAGGUAGCCUGGAGAUGGUCCUACCUGUGUCAAGGACUGCUGCCUGUCUCUCUCCUAGGAUCAUAGGCAGAGAAAAAACUGUUUUACAUAGAGUCUGUCAGCCUUGGGGCCUUACCUAGCCAGUUUCUUGACCCAUUCAAACCUGGAAAGUACUGUGGGACAGCUGAGGAGUUGUCCUGGGAAGAGCGGAUGAGAAUUUAGCUGUGAGGCCAAGGUCUAGGUACUUACUCCUCAUCUCAAGCAUUUAGAGCAGGACCACAGGCUGGGCUUUCUUACAACCCACCUACCCAGGGAAGACAGGACAUGGAGAGCCAGGAACCUUCCUCUCUUUCACCUACUAUGAGUGAAUGGAGCCAGAGAGCAGUGAAGGAAGGCUAGCUGCAGACACACGCCCCCAGGCCUGUCCUGGCACACUUGCUGCCCAGAGACUUCAGCCUGAACAUCAGUGGCCCCAGGAAACAACUGCGUCAUCUCCCAUCACUUCAUUACCACCACUCCUUCAUGGUUGGGACAGUUGCUGGUUCAUAUGCAAGUAAAGAUGACGAUUCUUUCAACAAAUACUAGUCAAGCACUUUUUGUGUAUCAGGUACUGUUAUAGGUGCUUAGGAUACUGUCUUGCUUCUGAGAGACUCUGGAUCAGGAAGAUUCCACCUGUCUUCACUUCCAGCAGGCUUCUGGGAAGUGAUCCUUGUGACAUUCCAAACCUGCCCUUUCUUCCUUAAAUACUGGUAGGUGGGAUUAGCCCCCAGGUUGCCCUCUCUCCCUACAUCCUCUUCCACGAGAAACAAAAUUUUAGGGCUUUCCCUGUCUCUUGUCUCUCCCUCUCUUUUUUUAAUAGUGGUAUUUUUAGAAACACAAAAAAUACCAAGAAAUGUGUGUGUCUUUUCCAUUCUCACCCUGUAGUUCAUAAAGCUGGCUCUUUAUGUUGCUUUACAUGCCUUAAUAUAUGUUUUAUGGAAGUGAUCAUGUCAUAGGUACCUGUGUAAUAUAUAUACAUGUCAAUUCUUUCCUCAGCUCCUGCCCUGAUCCAUUUUCUGUCCACGUCAUUCUUAGCAUGUUGAAGCCACACCCCCUUGCCUUUUUGAUCCAAAGAAGGGGAGAGGAAAGAUUUAUUUUAAGGCAGACCUAUUUUAUGCUUUUGUUUAAAAAGCAGAUCUAUUUUCAAAAUGUGCAAUGUCUGAAAGGGAUUGGUGAUGUGUGAGGAGACUGGGAUGGCUGUCCCUGGUCCCCACCUCUGCCCUUGCCUCUGCCCCAUUGCCCAAUCAUCAUCAAGGGCUGGUCCCCAGGCUCCCCCGGACUGCAUCCGGCAGGAGCAGAGCAUUCCCUUGAAAUUCCUGGUCUAAGAAUUUGACUUUGCUUUCAACUUCAGAAAGCAGGGUUGUCAAGCAUGUGAGACUCCUGAAGGAAAUGUUCACAACUGCAAACAUGCAGUCCUCAACCGGGCUGCCGGACCACCUCCCCUCAGCCCUCUGUGAGAAAAGGCAAACGGGUUGCUGGCAGCCUAUGCUAGCCAGCUUGAAGGAUGUCAGUCUGCUCUCUGACAGACCCAAGACCCAAGCUGAAGCCCGGAGAGUGGCUUGGGACCCGCUGUGUCCUCUGGAGAAUACUGUGGGCUCCCCAGGCCUCUCCCACACUUUCUCUUGAGCCCACUCUGUGUCACACCUGUUUCCCUUUAGGAGUUUUCUUUCUGGGAGUUAUGGCACAUUGGUCUGGCAUCCAGACUUGAGGCCUCGUUCUUCGCUGGGCAGGGCCUGACAGUCACUGUCAAAGUUUGGGUCUUUCUCAGGAAACCUCCGUGCUUUGACAGGCUGUGGGCUGGAGUUCUGCUUGUGGCAGCUCAGCUUCCCAAACUUGCUUUCUGAACAGGUGACUUGAGCAAGGAGGUUCUCGCCUUGCAAAAGAUUUGGGAAGGAUGGAGACCUCUCCCUGAAUCUGAAAUGAUGUCUUUGGGAAUUUUGCAGCACUUCUGGCCACCUUUUGAAGCCUGACCUUCACCUCUGGCAUUUGUUGGCCCUUUUCCCAGCCUGGAGCCUUUUGCUCUGAAUGAACAGAGCCCAGACAUAGGCCUAGGGAUAAGUACCGCUUCUGGGGAAAGCCCUGGCUACCCACUUAGGGCCUUCCCAGUGAACAUAUUACCUCUUUCACCAAAAACCAAGAGGCUGCGAUCAAAUACUGCUACUGUCACUUUAAAGGUUUUUCUGAGGAAGCAAGCUUGCAAGCAGCAAGUGUGCCCUCCUGCCUUUGUGAAAGGCAUGUUCUUGGGGCAGGACUACUGCAAGAUGGAAUCCCUUCCUUCCCCAUUAGAUACCCUCCUCCUGGCAGCUCUUAAAACUAAGGAAAAAUACUAUAUAUAAAUAUAUAUAUACAUAUCUAUUUAUGCACAUAUUUGGGGCCAAUUUGAUUUGCUAGUGUUAGACAAUAAAUCAUACAAGGAAAUCUAUGAUCUCAGUGUCUUUAUUUAGUAUGAAAGUGACCUUAGACAAAGAGUUAUGGUUAGAUGAGCAGCAUCUCUGUUGGGACCGCACCGCUGUAGCACCCCCUGAGCGUCUGUCUAGCCGAUUGUCCUCCCCUGAAGAAGGGGCGCCUGGCUGAGGGGGGUGAGAAUCACUCCCUCCUUUCAGUGGCCAUCUUAUCAGAUUAGGUACUGAAGAACCCCAAUGAGCUCUGCAUUUGUAUCUUGCAAGUUUGUAUAAACCAAUACCGGAAAUAAAAUGAAUGGUUUGUA